AGCUGCAGCAGACAGACGGCGGAUGGAAAUUCAAAAUCAGCAACACGAGCAACAUCAUCAGUGUCUCCAAACGGUCGCCAUCGCAUUAUAAAUUUAUUUUCAGCGUAUAAAAGUGUUAUUUUUAUUUGUUUCGGCUGUGCUCGUUGAUUUUGUUAUAAAUAAUAAGAUUGUGCUUGUAAGAACCCUCAACAGUAAGUAUUUCAGUGUCAAGUGCCGGUGCUGCUCAGUUUCAUCUUCAACGACAAAGUCCGUUGAGCGAUUCGCUCUCGACAAUGGAUUCCAGGGCGUCCGAUGUUUUGAAGAAACAAAGAUACCUUGCCGCUCAAACGCUCCAAAGAGCUGACGACAUGCGGGAGCGCAGCCCGUUGAACGGGAAAACAACCACUAAGAACAGUCGGCUUUUGCUUUCACCGCCCACGCAGGAUUGGGAUGACACCCGGAGUGAGAAUGGGUCGAUGCUUCUUCAGCCAAGGCAAUACAGAGCCGUAAAUAUCACCGAACUAGAGGAGGACAAAACCAUCCACUUGCAGGCCACUCCCCAGAAGGUAUCCUUUGAACCGAAGGAAAUUGCCGCCCGUUCGACUAUGGAGAAGUUCUCCUCGGAACAAUCCCGGAGAAAGCUGGCAAUGGAACAGAUGGCUCCGGAUAUACACGCCAUCUUGAACGAGAGCAUUGCUCCGGAGGUUAGAGAGUUGAGUGGCAUGUACAGUGGGAGGAUGUCCACGGAUUCGGCCGCCGAUCUGCUCCGAAGGGAUGAUCGACCGGACGUGAGUCUUCCGCGGACGGCAGACAUGAGUCGCAUCUCGGCGAUGCGGGAAUCUAUUACGUCAAACGCCUCUAAAGGUGGCGCUGGAGGAGAUUUUUGGGAUUUGCCUGCGAGUGGGGCAGCGGGGGCGGCGGCGCCGUUCGCCAGUAGCUGGAUGCAGAAGGAGUUGACCCAGCUGGAGGACAUCAGUUUCCAUCCGGCGGAGAGUCAGCAAUCGCGCCUGUUGGCCGAUGAGCUGGCUUGGGAGCAAGAGAAUGCUAUUAUGCCACAAAUCAAUGCACAAAAACCGACCACGAAAGGUCAAUCGCCAAUGGAACGUUUGAAGAUUCCACGGAAUUUGAAAAACCAUGUAGAUUUUUCCUGUUUUUCGGGAUAUUUGGCGCAGGAGGAGGCUGAGCCUAUGCAGGCCACCCGGAUCGAGGAUAGCAGUUACUGCUCGGUAGGGGAGUACUUUAACAAAAUGUCGGACGAUUUGAAGGGCAUGAUCUCGGAGAGUAGUCCCCCGAGGAGAACCCCACUUCCGCUGGUAGAUGUUAGUAAUAUUGAAGCAACGGAUGAAUCCAGCGGGAAGACGCCAGUUAAACCAAGAGCACACGCUGAUUCGCUAUCGGACGCCACUGACAAGGAAAAUUCACUCAGCGUUUCCAAAAUUAUGAAAGCCAUAGGUGCAAUUCAUCUCGAGGACUCACCAUCGGAUUUUAUCAACAAAAUCCAACAUCUGCGAAAAGGAAAAUCCGGUCGCCCAAGCAUGCCAUCCACCCCAAAACCAAAAUCUCCGGCAGCAGCUGCGGUGCACAAAACCGCCUCUUUGAAGACAGAUCUGGCUUCGGUUGUCCAAACACCAUCCUUCGUUCGCGAUCUACAACAGGCAAAACAACGCCCGCCGAAGUGUGGCAAUCUAUCCGAUACGGCUAGCUUUACGGAGUCUCUCUUGGAGUCGUCGGCAUUUGUUCCGAUAGAUCCUCGAGUGAUCACGUCCAGUCCGAAGGAGGUAUCUGCACCGUCUUCGGUGGCGAAAUCCGAUCGGAGCGAUGCGUCCACGGCCAAGAAACCUUUCCUGAACACCUACCGGGUAUCAACGGCAACGAAGCUGUCCCCGAAUCAGCUGGAGCUGCCACCGAUACCGAUGAUUCGGGAGGCUCCCAAGUGCCAGAAGCAAAUUCUGACGGAUGGCCCUCCGGUGAAACCCAACCGGAAGAGAAGAUCCAGCUCGGCCACCCGUCAGGAACUUUUGGAUGCCGAAGAGAAACGGUUAGAAGUUGCAAGGGCUCAUCAGAAACGAUCACGAUCUCCGGCAAACGGCGCAGAACUGAAGGCAGUGGCCAGUCAUUUGACGGUAUAUAAUGAAACACCGAAAAGUACCAUUCCAUCGCAGCGAGCGGUAGCGCAGCAGCCAAAGCAGCAGGCCAAUCGAUCGUUUCUUUCGCCGGAACCGAGAAACCGAGAUAUUUACGUGAACGAUAGGUCUCCGUUUACUUCGCCCAAAUCGGUUGGUUCGACUGAUAUGGGGGAAAUUGAUCGAGCAGCCUAUUCGGAGCCGUCUAAGUCACCAAGGAGGUACAACAUGCUGGGGUCUGCUCGGUCCGCUUCGCAGUGUUCGGUUACUGGUAGCGAAUUCAGUCACAAGGAUGGAGUUCUGCCUUUAAAGUCAACCCAUUCGGAGCUGUCUUGGCCAAGCACAAAACUUCGGAAAAGUGAAAAGAAGUCAAUACAAAUAAAAAACAUGUCCAAUAAGAAGCUGAUCAUUAAAUCCUCCAUUACUGGUCCUGGUUUUCAGCUGUGUGGGACGGAACAAGUGUUAACCCUGCACAGCCAGGAAUGUCGCACGGUAACAAUAGACUUCUGUCCUACCGUGAUCGGUCCUGCCGUUGGACUUCUCAGCUUCCUUCCUCCACAUGACAACUACGUUCACCGUUCGGUUUCGCUCUUUGGUUACGGUGGCGAAGCGUCCAUCCGGGCAGAAGGAAUUCAAAAAGGCCCCACCGGUCCUUAUUUGGAACUCGGGCAAGCCCGUAAUCUCGGACGGCCUCUGGAAAAAUCAUUCACGCUGUAUAAUAAAGGAAGUCUUCCGGCAUUCGCACGUAUUGGAAUCGACAUGAAAAAAGUUGAUCAGACAUUCCUCGCCAGCGCCGUAAUCGUACAGCCCCAGAAGGUCAUUAUCCCCCCGAAUACUUACGUACACAUCAACGUCAGCUUCAAGCCCCGUCGCCAGGAAAUAGCCAAAAUCCUCCAGAAGCACGUGGACGUUCUUUCAAUCACUAACCUCCACAUCAUCUGGGGCGACGAACCUACACGGCAUCGCCUCCGACGCAUCAUCAGCCUCAUCAAGCGGAAUGAGCUCCAAGAGGAAAACCUCUCACCAUUAGCUUCUGUCUGCGAAUUCAUCCCCAACGAACGCGAAUUCGACGAACUAGACUGCUUCACCGAAAACCUCUUUCAAACCGUCCACGAGUUGUUCCUCACCUUCCGUGAGUACGAGCUGGUCUUGACGAUCGAUCGUGCCCUGGACGAAACCAUGAUCGACUUCACGCUCACCGAGGACAGCAGCGCCCUCUUCAAAACCAUGUACAUCUCAGACGGCGGUUCUCCUCGACUUCCGGAAGACAUCUCCCCUGCUGCACUGCAAUCAGCCAAACGGCAAAGCGGCGAAUCGUGGAGCGUACGGCCAACAUCCCUCGAGUUUUCCCAUACGGAACGCACCAAACAGUUUGUGAUCAAGAGCAAUUUCUACACGAUGCAGUUCUUUGACCUGAACUCCAACUUCCGACCGCUGUUCAAGUUUUCGCCGGGAGAGGGCCAGAUACGACCCGGACAGGAAGUGAUCGUGAACGUGGAUUUCCUGAUGGGGCCACAGCCACAGCAACCGGUUUUUAUUGUGGUCUACAUCGAGAACGAAAAGAUCACCAUCCCGGUGCACAUCCGCAACCGAGUUCAACAGAACUGACGCUUUUGUUGACUAAUUGAGACAUGAAAGGCUGCUACAUACUAAGACAAAUUAUACUAUAACAAUCUAACAAUCUAAUAGAAUUAAAGUUUUUUUUUGUUAUUAUCUAA